ACACCCUGCGGACCAGCACACGCUAGCCUAGCCAAGCAAGACCCGAGCAAGCCACACUCUCCAGCACCAGCAGCGGCCGGCGGCAAGCACAGCGACCAAAAUGGCCACCAUCAGCGCCGCCGCGGCGACCACCGUCGUCGCCCGUGCCGCGAUCGCCAGGCCGCAGGCCCUAGGUCUGCCCCAGCUGAGGACGAGGGGCGAGAGGGUGAGGUGCAGCUACUCCAAGGAGGCGACCCCUGCCGCCGCCGCCCGUGGCGCCGGCGCGUCCCUGCUCGCCGCGGCGGGCGCGGUGACCGCGUCCGCGGGGCCGGCGCUCGCUCUGGUCGACGAGCGGAUGUCGACGGAGGGCACCGGGCUCAGCCUGGGGCUGAGCAACAACCUGCUGGGGUGGAUCCUCCUGGGCGUCUUCGGCCUCAUCUGGUCGCUCUACACCGUCUACACCUCCGGCCUCGACGAGGACGAGGAGUCCGGCGGCCUCUCGCUCUAAGCUGCGUACACAUUAGCUUCCCCCCGUCGCCUCAUGUAAUCCGCUCACGAGCAUCGCCAUGAUCGGUGUAAUGUAAUUCCAGACAUGGAUAUUUGUAUCUAAGCGUUUCCAUUCUGAGAGAUGUUUCGCCGUCA